AUGUACAGCGACACCAAAGCCCAGCCGGGACCCCCCGGGGCCAGCUGUGGUGGAAACAUCAGCGUUCCACCAGACAAAACAACCGCUGCCGCGAAGCUCCUGGACGAGAUGUGUCACCUGACGGCUCAGUCUCUGACGCCGAUGGACACAUCGGAGCACUUCAGGGUCCUGAAGCUCCUGGGCGAAGGCUCGUACGGAAAAGUCAUGCUGGCCGUGCACAGGAAGAGAGGUACUCCGAUGGCUCUGAAGUUCUUCCCCCGUGAGUCCACCUCUCUGUUCUCUUUCCUGAGGGAGUAUAACCUCUCCCUGUCCUUCUGCACCCACCCGUCCCUGACCAGGGCCCUGGGAAUCGCCUACUCCACACCCUCACACUACGUCUUCGCUCAGCAAGCUGGCCUCUUUGGAGAUCUCUACGACGUCAUCCUGCCAGAGGUCGGUAUGGAGGAGGACUGCUGUCAGAGGGUGGUGUCUCAGCUGGGUGGAGCGCUGGCCCACCUGCACUCUCUUGGUUUCGUCCACAGAGACGUCAAACCGGAGAACGUCUUCCUGUGUGACUCCGCCUGCCGCUGGGUCAAACUGGGCGACUUCGGCAUGGUGAAGGCCCGCGGCACCAGGGUCCCAGAGGUCUGGUACAGGUCUCCGUACUGCACCCCUGAGGCCGAGGUCGCUCGCGGAAACGAGGACAGUAGGAGAAGCACGAGCGACGGCGUUAAAGAGGAUGAGGAGCAGAACACGAAGCCGAGAGUUUGGGAGUCUGUGGAGUCCAGCACGGACAGCUGGGCGCUGGGGAUCCUGACCUACGCCAUGCUCACCGGCACCCACCCGUGGGCCGAAACAGCCAGCGACUGCCUCUCAUACCUGAAGUAUCAGGAAUGGUUCGACAGGGCGAGAGGGCCUGACGAUGAGCUGGACGUGUGGGCAGAGCCGCCUGCCGACAGCGCCCAGGAUGUCAUCAGCGGAAAGAAAGGCCGCCCUCCCGUCGCGCCCCAGUUUGCAUGUUUCACCCCACUGGCCUGCUCCUUCUUCCACUCGCUGCUCGACCCGAGGCCGCGGCUUCGUGGACGGCCCGAGGAUGGACUGAGUUACCUCGGAGGGGACUGGGUGAUGGAGAAGGAGAGGGUGCGGCUGGAGGAGAAGAGGAAGAAGAGCAGAGGGAAAGGAGCCAUCAGGAACAUGAAGGAGAUGGAGGGGAGAGGAGAGCGAUGA